UUUCCUCAAUCCCCCAUUUUCGCGCUUUUUGGGUUUCUUCGUCUUCCUCAACACGCAAAACAGGACCAUAGAGAAUGGCGGAGAGCGACAGCUAUGAAGUCACUUCUCGGCCAUGGCAGUCUUAUCACACUGUUUACACCAACGCCAAAGCAGGAAUGGAGGGGGUAGACAAGGAAAAAGUGCAAAGGAUUGUCUAUGAAAUGAGCAAAGGGUCAAAGUAUUUUGAGAACGAAGAGCGCAAGGAGGCAUUCAUAAAACAGAAAAUUGAAAACAUGCAGGCUCAGUGUGCAAAGCUCACAGCUGCUGAAAUAUCUCAUUAUCAGAAGGUUGCCGAUAAAAGAAUUUUAGAGCUAGAAGCUACUCGUGAUCUGACUAGGAUUUGGCUACACGUAGAUAUGGAUGCUUUUUAUGCAGCUGUUGAAACAUUAAGCAACCCUUCAUUAAAGGGCAAACCAAUGGCUGUUGGCGGCAUGUCUAUGAUAUCCACUGCUAAUUAUGAGGCGCGGAAGUUCGGGGUUCGUGCUGCAAUGCCUGGUUUCAUUGCACGUAAAUUAUGUCCACAGUUGAUUUUUGUCCCCACCGACUUCAAGAAGUAUACUUAUUACAGUGAUUUAACUAGAAAAGUUUUCCAGAAGUAUGAUGCCAACUUCAUGGCUGCUAGUUUGGAUGAGGGUUACCUUGAUAUUACAAAUGUCUGCAAAGAAAGGGGCAUGACAAGUGGAGAAGUUGCCGAAGAACUUAGAAAAGGUGUUUAUGAAGAGACUGGUCUCACAUGUAGUGCUGGAGUGGCACCAAACCGCUUACUUGCUAAGGUUUGCUCAGAUAUUAAUAAACCAAAUGGCCAGUUUAUUUUACCAAAUGACAGGAUGGCUGUCAUGACAUUUAUAUCCUUGCUUCCCAUACGGAAGAUUGGGGGCAUUGGUAAGGUCACUGAACAUCUUUUAAGGGAUGUUUUUGGAAUUACAACAUGUGAGGAGAUGCUGCAAAAGAGUGGUUUCCUUGGUGCACUAUUUUCUCCUUCAUCAGCAGAUUUUUUCCUCUGUGUGGGUCUGGGACUUGGAAGCACCAAUACACCUCAAGUUAGGUUGCGGAAAAGCAUGAGUAAUGAGAGAACAUUUUCGGCCACAGGCGAUGAGGCUUUUCUUUAUCAUAAAUUGGCGGAUCUUGCAGAGAUGCUCUCUGCUGACAUGAAAAAAGAAGCUCUUUGUGGGCGAACAUUGACGCUAAAAAUGAAAACUGCAUCUUUUGAGAUUCGAACUCGAGCUGUGACUUUGCAAAAAUAUAUUUGUUCAAGUGAGGAUAUCUUGAAGCAUGCUUCAAAGCUGCUGAAGGCUGAACUUCCUAUAUCCUUGAGACUAAUUGGACUGCGAAUGUCUCAGUUCAACGAAGACAAAGAUGGCACUCCAUCUGAUCCUACACAAAAAACUCUCUCCAACUUCAUUGUAUCUGGAGUUGCUACCGGAAGAAACAUGGAUGACCACAUAUCCUUCGGCUCAGAUCUUAGUGACGACCACUUCAUAACCGAACCGAAAACUGAUCUUCCUAUUGACAAUCAUGAGAUAUGUUAUAACGAUUUUAGAGAUCCGUUGGACAGCAAUGAAGUAUCAGAUCCUAAUAACAGUAACUGCCUUUUAAUCUACAACAAUGAUGAAAUGGAGCAAAACGAUGGAUCACUGAACAGCAAAUCUAAAGCCAAGGUUAAUACACCUGAAAUGAUAGGACAUACCCUAAAGUCUUAUGAAGCCGAAGCAUCACAAUUGGUGAAGAUUGACCUGGAUACAAUGAAUAAGAGGACCAACCUUUCAGAUGAUGCUGUAUCUUCAUCAAAUCAGAACGAGCAAUCUUUGUGGGUGGAUGACUACAAGUGUUUGCUAUGUGGGAUUGAAAUGCCUUCUAGUUUUGUUGAGGAAAGGCAAGAACACUCCGAUUUUCAUCUUGCUGAGAGGCUGCAGAAGGAGGAAUCCGAUAGCAACCCUAGAAGUCUCACACCGAAGAAGAGGUUUAUUCAGAAAGACCACAUUACAAGCCAAAGCAAACGGAAGAAGAAGCACAAGUCAUCUCCUGCAGAUGGUAAACAUAUUCCAAUUGAUAUGUUCUUUGUAAAAAGUAAUGAAAACUCCAAGCAUUGUAUAUAAUUGCUGAAAUUUAUUAUUAAUAUAUAUUUUAUCUUUUAUUAAUCUUCGCCCCAUGUAUAAUAAUGUAAACGCUACUAAUAAAGCUAUAUUUGUUGAUAUGUUGAGUUUUCACUAGACA